CGUAACUCCUGCAGAUGAAAGUGAAGUAAUAAGUGACAGUUGUAAUGACGUACAUGUAUGUAGGACCAAGGGACUUUGCUCAGUGAUGACAUGAGCAAGUUUUAUGGAUUUUACUUUCUGCUUCUCUUGGUUGGGAACAGUGCAUUAAACCAACAUGAUGACAGAGAUCUAGCAUUUCCAUACAAAGAGAGCAGACUGGACACAAGAAGCAUAGUGGACUGCCCUCAUUAUGCCUACCAGCAACAGAACCAUGUGUUAUUUCCAGCCCACACUGGUCAUACGUUAGUAGACGAUGAUGCAGAUGAUGAGGCUGUCUCUCCUAAACAUGAUCAGGGUGUCACUAGUAAACCUGGGAACAGAGAAAAGAGCAGUGCUGGUGUUGAUCAGCAGGAUUCUGUGCUUGCAGACAAAAAGUCAUUAGAAGAGGGUAAAUGGACUUUAGAAGCAAGAGCUGAUGCUCUAGAAAAGGUUCUGUUUAGCUUAAGGACAGGGGCAAGUGUGAGCUCUAGCACUGCCAGUCCUGAGAGGAAGGAUUCCACAGUAGUCAGUGAUUCCAAAGGAGCCAUUGAUUUGAAAGAGGCAAGUGAUUCCAAAUUAGCGAAUGAUUCCAAAAUAACUGUUGAAAACAAUACCGGAGGAAGAGUUGUUCCAAAUUUGGAAGUGUUUUACUCAAGCCAAACUGUAGGUUCAUACUAUGAUAAGCGCUUUGUUUUCUACCAUGUCGCAUAUGUAGCUAAUCCUCUGAAGACGUUGUCCGUUUAUGAACCUGGGAUGGAGGGCACAUGCAGAAAUGGAAGCUUUCAGCCCACCACUGUGAAGGACAGUGCUGAGAAAAGGAAUUGUGUGCUGGCCACAAAUGCUGGAUUGUUUAAUACACACACUGGAGCAUGCCUGGGGAACAUAGUAAGUGAUCAUCGACAGGUGCAGGACACAGGAGGAGUGAGGAAUGCUCAUUUUGGAAUCACCAAGCAGGGUCAGCUAUUUUUCGGCUAUCUAUCCCAAGUGGGCCUGGUUGCGGAAGACUUUACACAGCUGGUUGGUGGGGUGAUCUGGGUGCUGCGGAACGGGGAGCCGUAUGUGGAUGAGAGUAUCAGGUCCGAGUGCCCCGAUACUGAGGAGACUGGCACCCUGCAGAGAUUUGCUAGCGUGUUGUCAGCGCGCACCUUGGUAGGACAUGACGAGUAUGGUCGUGUCAUGAUCCUCCAGGUGGAAGGGAAAACGUUCAGCAAUUCUGGAGUAAGCUUGUACGAGGCUGCAGAGAUCCUACGCAAGCAUGGGGCAGUGAAUGCGGUGAACCUGGAUGGGGGCGGGUCCUCCACCAUGGUCAUCAACCACACCCUGGCAAGCUACCCCUCAGACAACUGCGAAGACAACAACGGUUUUCGUUGUGAGAGAAAGGUGUCCACCAUCCUCUGUGUUCAUGAGCCGGCCUGCCCCUCCCCUGACUGUCAAGGUCAUGGGUCAUGUGAGAAGGGAAGGUGUCAUUGCCUUGGUUACUGGAAGGGAGACAACUGCGACAGACUUGAAUGUCCCAGAAACUGCAGUAACCAUGGAAAGUGCACUGAAGCGGGCUGUGUAUGUGAUCCUGGUCACCAUGGAGACAACUGUUCCCAGCCAUGCUCCCCUGGUUGGUAUGGCGAUGGAUGUGUCAGCAGAUGUCAGUGUGAACACAAUGCGUCAUGUGACCCGAUGUCAGGCCAGUGCUUGUGUUCUCCAGGCUUCUCAGGGAAAUGGUGUCAAUACAGGUGUAUGUUGGGUUUUUAUGGUGACAAGUGUUCACUGAAGUGUGACUGUAAGGACAUGUGUACCUGUGACCCAGUCUCUGGGGCCUGUAACUUCACAUAUGCUCAAAACGACAUGGUGCAAGCUGGUCCUUGCCUCAUGAAUAGUCUUGAACAAGAACAGUCCCUGGAGGGGGACAUGUCUGCUGAAUACAGAAAUGCUGUGAUAUACGCUGUAGUUGUGUCUACUAUAGCCUUUCUUAGUGGAAUACUCAACGUACUUUUGCUGUGCAAAUACAAUUCGAAAUGUCGCUCUUCCACUAAACCUAAGUACAAACGUGCGGAUGUACAGAAUGGCCAUAAGUUUGUGUUUAAGGGCAAACAUUAUUCCAGUUUCACAACAUCAUCAUCUACAGAAGCAGAAACUUCCUUCAUGCCCAAGUCUUCUAGAGCUAAAUCUUGAGCACCCUUUAUAUCCAAGUCUUAUAGAGCUACCAGCUAGGAACUUUCCUCAUGCCCAUGUUCUGAAGAGCUACCACAAUAUUAGAUAAAGUUUUAACUUAUUUUUUAUCACAUUAAAGACCUAGUUCUGACCUUGAAUGGUCAUUGGGAAAAUCACAUUCAGGUACAUAUAAUAUGUAUAUGAAAUAUAAAUGCAAUUAAGCUUGAAUAUUAUAAGCUGUAAAAAUGA